AUGCCGACGACGACCGCCGCUCAAGACGACACGUCGCGACCCGUAACGGUCGACGCGGGUGCCCACGCGCGUGACGGCCCGCAGGCGACGACGACGCGCCGACCGAUCGCGACCGAUUGGAGGCACAGUGCUGCGACAUUUCCUGGUCUGAGGAAGUUUAUUGCCGAAAAGAGUAUUACAAGAGUUCUGGCUUUCGUCCAUAUUGCUUCGCAUGGGUUGGCAGCUGCAGGCUGUUCAGGAUUUGGAAAGGGUGGAGAGUGUGAUUCUCUUAACCAAGUGGACGUAGAUAAAUGCGUCUCUUGUGUCAAAGAGAACCGAGAUAUGGUAAUCGGCGUUAAGGUUCGCCUGGCUGCUGAUAUUGCCGACAAUGGACGAAAUGAGGAAGAAGUCUACAGGAGAAAAUUCUUUCAGAAUGGUUAUCUAUCUAUCUAUCUAUCUAUCUAUCUAUCUAAUUUCUAUCUAUCUAUCUAUCUAUCUAUCUAUCUAUCUAUCUAA